AUGCUGCAGAACAAUACAUCCACAGUGUUGAUAGAAUUACUGGACAGUGCAGGACAGUUGACUUUGGGCAACAGCUCCCGAAAUAGCACUUCUACGGAGUCCCCUGGAAUUGCAAUCUUUAUUUCAUUUGUCUAUUCUUUAGUUUGUAUUGUGGGAUUGUGCGGUAACUCUAUGGUGAUUUAUGUAAUCUUGCGUUAUGCCAAAAUGAAGACUGCCACAAACAUCUAUAUUUUAAAUCUGGCCAUUGCCGAUGAACUUCUCAUGCUGAGUGUACCUUUUUUGGUGACAUCUACUCUCCUCCGGCACUGGCCAUUUGGUUCUCUUCUCUGUAGGCUGGUUCUGAGUUUGGAUGCUAUGAACAUGUUUACAAGUGUCUACUGCUUGGCGGUUCUUAGUUUGGACAGGUAUGUGGCAGUAGUCCAUCCCAUAAGUGCUGCUCGCUACAGACGUCCGAGUGUGGCAAAGAUGGUAAACCUUGGAGUUUGGCUCUUUUCGAUUCUUAUUAUUAUGCCCAUUGUAAUCUUCUCCAGUACAGCACCUAACAGUGACGGGACAGUGGCUUGCAAUGUACAUAUGCCUGAACCUUCUCAACGAUGGGUUGUGGUCUUUGUACUCUAUACAUUUCUGAUGGGCUUCCUCCUACCUAUGGCUGCCAUCUGUCUCUGCUAUAUUCUCAUUAUCACUAAAAUGAGAGUCGUGGCUCUAAAGGCUGGUUGGCAGCAACGACGCAGAUCUGAGCGUAAGCUGACACUUAUGGUAACUGUAGUGGUGACAGUUUUCGUGGUAUGCUGGAUGCCUUUCUAUGUAGUGCAGUUGGUGGGGGUCUUUGCCAGGAGGGGGGACACUACAAUCAGUCAACUCUCUGUUGCACUUGGUUAUGCCAACAGUUGUGCCAAUCCAUUUCUCUAUGGUGUCCUAUCUGACAAUUUCAGACGGUCCUUUCAGAAGGUCUUGUGCCUUAGUUGGAUGGAAAAUGCCACAGAAGAACCAGUGGACUACUAUGCCACGGCAUUGAAAAGCAGAGCUUACAGUGCUGAGGAUCUCCAGAAUGGCAUGUUGACAACAGGCAGCACAUAUCGCAAUGGGACCUGCAGCUCCAGGACUCAUUAG